AUGCAGUUUGGGGCGAAAUGGAGGGCGUGGAUCAAAGGGUGCGUCAGUUCGGCGUCGGUCGUGGUUCUCAUCAAUGGAUCCCCGACUCAAGAAUUCCCUCUAAGAAGGGGGGUAAGGCAAGGAGAUCCCCUGCCCCCUCUCCUUUUCAUACUUGCUGCAGAAACUCUCAAUAUCAUCAUGUCGGAAGCCACUCGGAAUGGUAUCUUCAGAGGUAUCAAGCUUCCUAACUCCGGGCCUGAAUUAUCGAUACUGCAAUUUGCCGAUGAUGUCUUGAUCAUGGGUGAAUGGUCGAGAUUGAAUGCUACUAAUUUGGUUCGGUUGUUGCGUUGCUUCCAACUGUCUUCGGGUCUGAAGGUGAACAUGCAGAAAAGUAAUAUAAUGGGUGUGGGGGCUGACUAUGAUGAAGUAGUUUUAGUUGCUAGUAGAUUGCAACUUUGCCCUUUACAUACCUCAGUUUGCCGAUCGGGGGUCGCUCCAAUAAAGCUGAAUCUUGGGCGCCUCUGGUUGAAAAAUUUAACAAAAAAUUAUCAGCCUGGAAAUCCAAAAUCCUUUCUCAUGGUGGUCGUCUUGUCCUGGUCAAAUCUGUUUUAG